AUGAGUUUCCUUCGGCCCCCACCACCAGGUACCCACCUCAGCCCUUGGGUGCCGGACCUCAUCUUCAUCCCCAUCGGGCGUGCCUUCGAACGUCUUGGUGUAUACUUCUACAACCGAGUGAUCAGCCGCACCGAAAUGGGUUUGUACCACAAGUACUACAACCCAAAGGUCCAUGGACCAUACUGCCACUGGCGUUAUUACGGAAAACGUAGGUUUUUGCGAUUUUUUGGUGAAAUUUAGGUAUUGGUAUGGUGAUAUUGAAAUGAAGCGUCUUUUUGGGUUUGCUGAUGUGCUUUCUAUUAUUUUUUUUUAUUUGAGAUUUAUUAAGGAGUGUGAUAUGAUUUUUCAGAGAGUUGGCAGCGAAUGAGGAUUAUAGUUUUUAGAUUAUAUUGAGGUAGUUAGAAAGGCUCAAAUGGUUUUUGUUGUAACUUUUUUAAACAAAAACUAGCAUAUUAAAAUUUGUAGACUGUAAUAACAGUAAACUUGUGUUGAAUCUCAGAAAACUUCAGAUCUUUUGCUAUUUUUUGAAAAAAGUUAUGGUAAAAAUAAGAUAGGCUUCAUUUACAUCUACGUCAAUAUAAAUUUUUAAAAGAUAGUUUUUGCUGCAGGGUAUUUUUUAUAUACUUUUCAUAACUUGCUUUACAGUAGAAAUGGUUUGUCCUACAACUUUUUGUAUGUUAUUGUCAUAUUAACAUAACUUUUUCAAUUUCAGCAGACGUCAAGCUGUUUGACGUCAAGGUCUCGGAACUGCCAGCCUGGUUCGGUCGUCGUGAAUUCGGUAUUGGAGCCACCUACAACGAAAUCAUGAGAAACAUCUGGCGUGUCCACCACAAAUAUUAUUCCGGUCCAGUCUACGGAAGCUUGAUCACUUCUAUGUUCAGAGCCAUUUUCGCGUUCUCCUUCUUCUGCUGGUUCUUCAAGCAACACCGUUACUGGGAGAUCAAGAAACACAUCUACCAUUAG